AUGGAUGUGGAGAGAGUGUUGUUAGUGUGGUUUGUCACUUUGAUUCCGGGGAUUUUAUCAGAUCCUAGCGACGAAGCGUGUCUCACCAACCUAAGAAAGUCCUUGGAAGACCCAAACAACUUGCUCCAUAACUGGAAGAAAGAGAACUUCGUCAAGCCCUGCAACGAUUCCACCUCCGAUCUCCAAGGCAUCACCUGCAACAAUGGUCGCAUCUACAGGCUCUCUCUCAACAACCUCUCGCUCCGCGGCACCUUAUCCCCUUUUCUCUCAAACUGUACCAACCUCCAAGCCCUUGACCUCUCCUCCAACUUCCUCACAGGUCCAAUCCCUCCGGAGCUUCAGUCCCUCGUCAACCUCGCCGUUUUGAACCUCUCCUCCAACCGUCUCCAAGGGGAGAUUCCUCUGCAACUCGCAUUGUGCGCUUAUCUCAACAUCAUCGACCUCCACCGUAAUUUCCUUACUGGGCCUAUUCCCCAGCAAUUCGGCCUGCUGGUUCGCCUUUCCGCUUUCGAUGUCUCCGAUAACCGCCUCUCCGGGCCCAUCCCCGCCUCCCUGUCCAACCGGAGCGGAAACUUUCCCAGAUUCAACGCCAGCUCCUUCUUGGGGAAUAAGGAUCUGUACGGUUACCCUUUGCCGCCCCUUAGGAAUAGGGGUUUGUCCGUGUUGGCCAUUGUUGGGAUCGGCUUGGGAAGUGGCCUCGCCAGUUUGGUACUUAGCUUCACCGGGGUUUGUAUUUGGUUAAAAAUUACCGAACGCAAGAUGGCGCUGGAGGAAGGCAAAAUCAGCCACCUUAUGCCUGAUUAUUGA